AUGCGGCAUUUGCGGGUUGGUGCUCCAGGCCUGGUUCGCCAGUCGCAGGCGGAUGUUCACCAGACGAUUGUUGGUGCCCUGCGGCAGACAGGGCAGUCGUCCCACGAUGUCGUUCGGGAUGUCAAAGGCGACGCCCGCGUCCCUCGCUCUGCCUUGGGGCGACCGCUCCAGAAGAAGACGCAGCCGGCACCCACCUUCUCCAGUCGGCCAUCUCCGGAGCACCGGGUCUCACUGAGGGCAAUGAUGUCCACCUUGAAGCGCGCCACUAGCGCCGUCUUCCGUUCCGGUCGGUUUCUCAUCGAACUGUCUAGAAUGGGUCGAACAUUCAAGGCUUCCAGAGUGAGCUGCUCAUCCUACCAGUCUACUAAGUGGGGAGGAAGAGGAGGAAGAGAAAGAGUGUUGUUUCUCGUUUGAUUGCUUCGACUGUGAGUUUAUCGUCUGCGACCACGGUUAGCCUGCAGACGGAGGGAUUCCCCAGCAUUUGUCUACCGCACCUUUCCUAGCCCCUUCCCCCUCGCGGGAUUGAGCAGCGCUGGCCCUAUAUAGGGCUGCUCAGUUGUGUCAGACGGCUGGCGCACUCCGCAAAGGGCCACGCCUUUUCUUAGUGGAAGAACGACCCGGGUUAGUCUGGGACAGCCUACGACAUCGCUGUAAGCUUGUGGCCUCCUGCGAUGUUCCAGACAGUGCCUCGUCUCGACGACGCCAAUGCCAAGAUCCACCGAAGUCAACCCUACCGUGCGCGGAGAUGCAUACACUAAUACCCUCACCUGGUUUAGCUCACAGGUCGAGGUGAUUACCGGGGUGUGGUCGUUAGGCAGAGCCUAGCUUCGGGGAGUCAAAUGUGAGAGUUGGGUGCCAGCAAAUGGACGCUAGGCGUAAUCUACACCUACAAGCAAGUGGGUGACCUACUACGUCCGACACAUGAACCCACCGCCGGACACCCCUCAACCCCAAGUCUGGCUAUAUAAGAAAUGUGCAACAUGACUCAUAUCCAUUACAAAAUUUUGUAAGCCCUUCAUGGUGCCUUCUCAGUAGUGUGUAAGAGCUGAUGAUUCUCCUAAAAUAAAAAGCAAGCAAUCUGUAGUUUGAUAGCCGAAAACGCGAGUUGAACAUAGGUCAAUUGAGAGGUAUAAGUGAGUUACGUACCUACCGUUUCGUCGUUUACAAAAUUUAAAUGAGACCUAAUGUGCCACAAAAUGGGAUACAAGGAAGUUCAUUUGCGCAUUUUAUCAAUAAGCUGUGUUCAAACACAAAACCAGUGGCAAAAUGUACGCUAUUAAGGUGAUUAUUUUUGUCAAUCGUAGCUUUUGCAGGCGGCGGAUGAUAUGCGUAUUCAAAAGCCAGCAUCUUGGCGGACAUUGUGUAUCUUUGGAUUGCGCUUCACGCCUCUGUCUAAGUUAUCGGAAACGGACAGCCGGAAAGAUUUAUCCUCCGAAAUGUAGGGGAGCGCACUGCAAAGCCCACCAUGGCAACAGCAGAAAAGGAAGACUUACUUACAAGACCACCUUUUCAAGGGAAUGCAGCAGGUGACGUAGUAAGAAGACGCCUGAAGACAGCGAUCACUAGGGCUUUCUCCGCGGCGAAAUCACGUUUAUGUUUCACGAACUCUCCCCUCCUACGUUUGGGAGGUAAAGACCGACUCCCGUUGCAGGCCACAUCGAUGUGUGUGUACUCAUUCACUUGCUCCUGUGAAGAGGGAUACAUUGGCCGUACAACGAGGCGCCUGGAAAAGUGAGUACGUGAGCACGUACUGGUCUGGUUAGUUAGAGGUAAAAAGAAAUCGAUUUCGAGUUCUAUUCUCGCACAUCUGGUUGAUACGAAUCACCGAGUCGAUGCCAAAGAAGCCCUUUAGGUUGUUUACCGAGGCCAGCAAGUUUCCACAGAGGUCUUUGCCAACGGGUGCUAGCUACAGCCGAGGCAGUGACUAUACGGCUAACCAAUCCAGUACUAUGCUGGCAGAAGACGUUGAUACAGGCACUCUGUCUUCCGUGGCCAACGCCGACCGCAGAUGGUCAUUACACGCUGCCCCAAUCCCCUGAUGGCAGUGAUGUGGGCUCAACGUACCCGACUUACAAUCUUCAUUCACAGCCUAUGUCACCCUCCCCCUCGCCCCCAUGACCCAGUGACCAUAACACGCCUCGUCAUGCGGGUGGCGUGGGAACACUGCGUCCUAAUAGCCCCUGAGUCACUUAUAAACCCUGUGAAAUUCGCAUAUGUUAUACUUCUAUGUAACUGUGUUGGCCUGAUGACGAGUUAUCGAAAACACGUGUUUGCCAAAUUGGCUUUUCAAUUGUAACGUAGGACUAUUCGCAGAACUUGUUGUUUUUAAUCUAAAACGCGUUUUAAAAUUUCGUUAGCAUUUCGGGAGUUAAGCCGCCUAUUACAGAUACAGAAGCCUUUGCUAUACCAAACUGACCGAAGCAAGGUUGUGUGCGUCUUCAAAACUACUUCUGAUUGAUUCUCUUUGUAACAUAAGUGGGAGGUUUUCUACGGAAAUCCGAUGAUCUCGACAGUAGAUUCGAAGACAUCACGCCUCUAAGGAAGUCCCAAAAAAUCAUAUAAAAAAUCUGCAUUUUACAGAGGGGCUGCAAAAUAGACAUUGAAAUAAGAAGCGCAGAAGCGGAAGGCCCGGUGUCUUUCGUCAAGCUGUGUAAAAGCUUGAUUAUUGAGAUGAGAAAAAGCAACUAUUCGGGAGCAACUGGAGACACUUAGUGAAUACAAUGAGUCGACAGUCAUCAUCAGCGAUCUUUUUCUCACUGCUGAAAACAUGCUUGUUGAUGUUGGAGGCCAAGCUACACGCAACCUCACAAUCGUCUGGAAAAUGUAAUUGCAGGUGGCCAACAUUAUUCCUGUCAUCGUAACUCUACAAAAUUCGUGUAGAGACGCCAACCUACUUUCCACCAAGCUAACGGAGUAAAAAAACAGCUAAAUUAAUAAAGUUUCUUCCCGGCGUAGCAUCGUGUACGCCUACGAAAACUUAGUGUGCGAUGUUCAGCGAACUCACCUUUACAUAUCAUUCGAGAAUCCCCAGUACGAAGUGACAAGAACAAUGCUGGGCGAUUAGGUCUUAGGCCUUGAUGGCAUACUCAGCAUCUUUCUAGUGUUGAAUCAGAUCCGAUUCUGUCAGAGGGUCUACAGCGUGUACAUGUCUGGCGAGCGCCUGUCACAAAUCUUCGCAGUCAAGGACAACGGAAGCCGCCCUCUUGAUUCCCCGUGAAGGUUUCCUUUAAUUAUUUGAGAACUCAUCGGUCCAUCUGUAAAACUCUAGCACGGGAUUGCUGACAUUUCGGGAUGGGAAAAAAUGGAGUCGCAACUUUAAAGCUGAAGAGGGGAAAAACCCAAGCUCAGAUAGCAUAACAGAAUAAAGUGGAAACCGAAGAACACAUUGUUACAGUUAAGAAUCCUCUUUGGCGUGUCUUGAUUACCAAAACGUAUUGAACUUUUAUACUGCCUUUGUGUUAUGGAAUACUCUCAGCGCUUGCCAAAACCCCCUAUCUGCCGGCUUCAGAUAGUCCAGACUGGAGGUUCCUGUCUUCGCCACGGUGCGACUAACAUAAGCUUUCAGUCCAAUGCCUUUGUCAGAGCCCAGAGGGCUUUAAAAUGUUCCACUGUGCAUUUUUUUUAGAAUUGAAGCAAAACUCAUCGAAAACCUCCGAGUAAACCGCAACGCAGAUAACCUAAGCACACCACCUUUACGAGACUCACAGACCUGAUCUCACAAGCCACUGCACAUUAGGAUUGGGGAAUUAUCUAGGCAAGUCGCAGGUCUGAUGUAUUAUUUGGGAUAUGAAUAAAAGAAUUUCGAAAGAGGAUGCAUUGAUUGAUUCUCGGGCGAAUCUAGGCCUGUGAUUGGCUGCGGUCUGACGGCGUACAGGGCGCGUUUGAACGAAGUGGGAUUUUGACAGAUCGGCAUGGGUGGUAGGCCAAUAGGUUUGCCAUGGCAUGCAAUGACUGCUUGUUAGAUGCGAAGGGCCGAAAAACGGUCGGCGAGCCAAUAAAAUUAACCGACGUUGCUGCUGCGCCUUCUAGCUAUGGGCAUACGCCACACCACCGAUACAUCCUUAGGUCGUAACUAUCUCUUUUCGCCUACGAGUGUGGAACUCUUAUACUGUGUAUAGCCAAGCAUUUUAGGCCAACUUGUGGGCCCAUUUUUAAUUGUAUUUAACCAUGAUCGAAAAAAGCUGACAACAGCAUGUUAAGCUUUUUGUAUCAGACUGAGUGAUUCGAGUCUGCUAAACACAACGCCAGUCAUUCACGUUACACACUGGCAGGGUAGCUGAUCAAAUGAGUCAGGAAUCAGGAACUAACAUCGAAUAGGAAAAAUUGCAUUUCCUUCCUAGUUAAUCAUAAUCGAAUGACUAUUAUCGGAACCUGAAUCAUCUGUGACUGUAUAUCGAAAAAAUCGCCCGGUUUCAUCAUCUGUUUUGAUGCAAAAAUCGUUACUUUAUCCGAACACACCAUCAAUACCAGAAUUUCCGUAGGAAAUACAAAACACAGAGAUAAACGUUUGAAAUAAUUACGACAAAAAUCGACAAAAAUAUCUAGCGUAGACCAGGAUUCAAAAAAGUAACGAAAAAAUAUAUUGUUUUGGAGGGUUCAUGCAACCAUUCAGUAAAUGAUUAAAACGACAACAAGGUUUAGCAAACAGCAACCAAAACAAAUAUAAACAUGUUUGGUUUAUCUGAUUUUCCCCAGAGCAAAAGCGCAAAUUUAACUCAUAAAGUAUUUCAACUGUGCAAUAUUUGACAGCGACGUAUAUUCAAGAAUUUCCGCUUAAUGUAAAGGGAAAAUGGAUAAGAUAUUUGACUUUUGAGUAGAUUUUGCAGAUUCUGUAGUGGUCAGCAGUUGUAAGUUUUCAAUAUGCUUUUCUUUGACUGAGACGGAAAGUAAGCCUAAAAAGCGAAAAUCGUAGUGAUAACGCAGCAGCUUACUGUACAACCGCACAGGCAGAUGUCUCAAUACAAUCCAAUUAAUUAUUUCAAUCGGGUCUGGUGCCAUCGGAUAGUCUUAAAAAACAAUGCAUCUCGCACUCAGAAAUAACCAGAUGCUUUAUUUUUUUCAGUAGCCCAGCGGGAAUUCUGUCCUCCCAACAUCGCAUAGUUUCAUCUCAGGCACCAACGAUUUUUUCCUCAAGAGAAAAGCGAGCGUGAAUAACAAAAAUCAUGCGUACAUGGUGAGCACUCAGUAAGACAACUUUGGUGACACUCUCCUAUUCUGAUCUAUAUUAUGUACUAAUGUUCUCGCAAGGGGGCCGGAAGAUGAAUAGAACUUAUGUUUGUAUAAGUUCAUCGAUAAUAGUCCACACUUCCAUCGUCUCCCUUCCUCUUCAACAGAAUUUACCCACGGAGAAUUAGAAUGUUAUGACUUAUUUUAGAAGUGAUGAGAUGCAAUUAGUAACUGUUGUGUGUUACUUGGUGGAGAAACUAGCCUAAUCACUGCCGCAUGUCUGUAUUCGUUAACUGACUUCAGAAAAUAUCAAGUCUUCUCUACUUUUAAAAUAUCCAUUUUCUUAGAAAUCAAGAUACUAACACCCAACCCCAACGUCUAAGGAAGCAACAAAAAUACUUACCUUGACAUUCAGGUCCGAGAUGGAAGAUGUUGUGCUUAAGCGGUUUUCCAUUUUGCCCAUACUGCGUGAGAAUAAAGCACAUAAUUUGUUCCUGAAUUAUAAGAAAGUGUGCCACCAACCAGCACAUAUUCACUUGGCAAUAAAUACUAUGAUUUAUUAUAUAACUUUCAAUGAGUCCAUUUCAUUUUCGAUGAGAAUCAUUCGUUCGUUACAAUUUGUACAUCGCCUUUUAGUCCGGCAUUGCCGCUAGAAUAGUAAUAACUGGUGGAUUUUAAUUGCAGCAGGCUGAAGGGCACCUUUCUUAUCCGAGCGGAUGGUAACUGAAUAGGAAAGCCUUGCAGAUACAAAUUUUCUUUUGUCAGUGGAAUUUUUUAAUAUAACCGCAAACAACGUAGCCCAUCAUGCGCCAGAUCCAGAUUCUGCCCACGUCCCCAGUCUGAGACGACAGUGUUAGGACUCGUAAAGUAGAACUUACCACACCAAAGUAGCAGUCCUUAGUGAGAAUCAUAAAAAAGGUCAGCUGCUGAGUUGUAGACGUCAGCCAGUCUGGCUUUGGUAUGCAAAAGAGAGAUCUGGAGGUAAGGUUAAAGAACGAAAAAUCCCUAGACGGCCAGUUGUCAUGGCAGAGUUUGCAAGCCCGUUCACCAACUGGAGCGCAGAUUAUCGGGACGACAGACACAAUUUCACAAAAUUGCACAUUUGCCGAUAGUUUCAUUAGGAAAAUGUUCACAAUGGUGGCUUUAGUAGUUGUUUUAGUUCACCGUUUUUAGGUUUAUCCUAGCUGCGGAAUUAAAAUGGCCUUUCGAAAUAUGACCUAAUAAUGUGUUUAAGUGCAGUUUAAGCCUAACAACAAACAGAUUCUACGAUAUUUUUGAAGAUUGGUUGGUAUCUCCUCUAACGCUACUAUUUUUCUAUGCGAAUAUGUGUACAUAGUUUAUUUACAGCGUUUUCACUGCCUAUACAUGCAUUUGCUCCCCAUACACUAAAAAAGUACGACACGGUUGAUAUCCAUUGCAUAAUUAUGUGAGCCUUUUUAUAUUGAUAUCUUAAUAGCGUUGAGAAGUGCAUACUUUUCCUUACACAGAAGCUAUAGAGCAUGUAGUUUGGAAAACAGGAGCGCAGGUGCAGCCGUUCGGUAGGGUUGCAAAUUAUUCAAGAAUUAAAAUGAUUUUUAAAGCCCAGUUUUCACUUCGUUAAAGUAUAAAAUUUGAGGACAACUGAACAUGCUACCAAAUGUCGCGGUGUCUACACUCUUCUAUGCGCCGCAAUUCCAAAUAUGAUUGAAAAAGUCUCAGAAUGCUCGAAUACCUCUGGAGGACUUUUAUUUGAAACGGUGGACGGGGGAAAAUUAGCGAACAACAGUAACCGUCAUCUUAAGUUUUUAAUAAAUACUAUAAGCAUAUAUCUCCGAAAGAAUUCAUGCGAAACCGGAUGAGUCGAGCUAGGUUACCAUGACUAUUUGUGGUAGCGUUAUCAGGCCUGUACAGUAAUAAAUGACGGGAUAGCAUAUUAGAUUCGUCUACCAGAGUUAAUAAAUCAGUAUCGAUGAAAGGGUAGGGGAUUUUUACGCAGGUGACAUAACUCUAUGUGUGGAAGUAAUACUGACGGUGGCGGUAUCAUCGCGAGGCAGUAGCUCAGUACGGUGGAAACGCUGGAACUUCGACAGGGGCCUUAUUGCAAUUAUAAUUUCACAAAAUACUUUCUUAGUUGACGAUGUACUCCAAGGAACAUUUGGCUACACCAGUCGCAGAGUUGAAAAAGACCUUUUUGAUGCACUGGAACUGUUUUCACUUUUGAGGGCAUGGGCUUUUGAAAGAGCUUCUACGCGCUUGUCAGAACCCUGCAUCAAAAUCUGAAAGUUAUUCUUAUGUCUCCUAUGUGCGUUAGGAUAGAACAUGAAAAUGACCUCGUGUUCUGGCUAAGCCAAUUAUAGCGCUGUCGAACGUAUCAGUUAGGAAAUACGCCUCAUCGUCCAGCAUGUAUGAGCUACGCCAUUGGAAAAUAAAUAACGAGAGUUAUGUAGCUGAGGUCUUAGAUGCGGCCUAAUCUAGUCUCCGAUUUUUUAAAAAUCACCUCAAAUUUUACUUCAAGGCAUUAACAGAUUUCAAACAUCGAUAAUUAUUUUGUCUUUUGCGUUUCAGUUGGUAUGGAAGCUUAGAAAAGAAUGUACCAUAAUUGAUUUUUCGCAUUACUGCUCUGGAUGUUUGGUUUUUACGCGCCUCUGAAUGGGUACGGCAUGACAAGCAUUCCUUCUUUAUAAAUGAUUUAUGGAUCGAAUCUUUCCCAAUAUUACUGUUGGGCAUAUUCAUGGGAUGUACGGAUGAGCUAAACAUUAUACCUUUUUGCCCGACCCAAACAAACAAAACUACUAAAGUUGCUAUUGAUGAUUCCACUGAUCAUUCCACCUGGUCCUCUGUUUGGCAAUACGCCGAGUGAUUAAGUUGAUUUUUUUGUUUCUAGGUAUUGGAUAAAACAGACUGCAGGCUGAGAGCUUUUUAUUGCUGAAAUGAGCUAUUUAGAAUCACGUUGGCAAUUUCAAAGACCUAAUCCAUAUGUCGCUCAAAAUUCAGUUUUUGCAUUACUGGCCAGUGUUUUAUUGUGAUUAGCUUUCCUCACACAUACUUCUCUAAACAGAGUUUCCUGAGGUAAUGCCUUGACCAGGCAGGAGUUCCAGCAAUAUAAUUAGUGUCCUAUUGUGAAUUUGCCUUGCACACACUAAGGAGGCAGCUCUUUCAGUCCCCCGGGUAAAAUCCUCUGUAUAGUAAUCCCUCGCUAUUUCGCGUUUUAGCCUUCGCGGCUGAACUCUAUCGCGGAUUUUAUAUGCAAAUAUACCCAAAUAUUUAUCGCAGAUUUUUCGCUGGUUUACGGAUUUCUGUGGGUAAUGGACCUUUUAUUUCUGGCAUAUGCUUCCUCAUUUGGUUUGGCCGGGACGCCACUGCCAGAUGACUAAGAAGCUACUCAGUCAGAACACGCGAUUAAGUAUCCUAAAUUCAACGAAUUUAACUUAAUAGUUAGGAGAAUAUAAGGGAUGUGUGCUGCAUAAUUUUGUAGGAUAUGCAUGUAAGGAUAUGAGAAGGCUUAUAAGAGUUUACAAUAUAUAAAACCAACCACAAAACAGAUGGCUUUCAGUUCGCGAAUCGUCACUUUCAGGAGGAUACUGGAACGCAAUCCCUGAGAUCGACGAAGCCUUACUGAAUGCAUAGAUUAUCUGAUUUUUUGCCCGCUAGUAGAUUUUUGUCUCAGGUAUGAAGAUACCUAUAAAGAGAGACGUCCCAUUAAGUGAUCCCAUGUUCCUAUUGUUUUGACUGUAAUCUCAUGCAUUUCCUGAUAAAUUAUACGAAUCAUGAAAAAAAUAAGGUAGCAGGGGAUCCAUAAGACGUUAACGACAUUUGGUGAGUCUCGAUUCAGUACUUUGUUAACUUUCUUCUCUCCCUUUUUAUUCAGACACAUUCAGACCUCUUAGAUCAUGUUAAUUAAUAGCUUUUCUUUUGCUGUUCUGCUUAAGUUCAAACUGCGCUGAAGAAGUCAUUGUGCAUGUACAUAACCACUCACUUUCGUCCGAAACUGUGAUCCUCGAUGCUUCACAGCUGCGCGACAAAUAUUGUUAUUUGUUUAAUUAGGAACAUCCAUUUGCAGACCAAUUUUAUUGAUGGUAGCUGCUUAGCAAGCGACGAAUGAUAUUGGACAUUCAAUAAAAAGCAGACUUUUCGCGCUUCCCAAACGCCAAGUGUCUGAACAAUGAUUUUUCUGCAGAUCACAUAGAAUACGUAUCCGACGAUUUUCGAUUUCUAAGGCAGUCCUGUCUUGCCGAGUAUAUUAAUUUGAAAGUUAUACGAGGCGUCAGUAUUUCAAAAAGAUCUGGUUCUAACGGAUGGAGGCAAGUGUGCGCGUCCCAGGUUCUUGUUGAAAACAAGACGAAGACGCGAUCACUGGAGCGAUAGGUUUAUUAGCCUGCAAUUUCGGAGUCGUACAGGUGCCCAGUAUCAGAGUCCGCGUGAAUGCAACAACUAGUGAGCAUUUUGUAGUCGAACACCGGGAAGGGGGGGACAGGGAGAUGGGAGGGGGGGAAUAGUGUCCGUAAUCGUAUCGGGUUUGCCCCACCCGGCUCACAGUAUCCUCACGGCGUGCGUCUUUGGUGAGGAAGUGGGCUGCGCUACCUGGCUGGGUGGGCGUAGGCGUGAUAACACGAGGGUAGUUCAAUGUGUCUGUUGAUUGGAUUGGUGUCCGACACCAACGCCUCUAACGGUUCUCGCCCCGUCUUGUUGCCGGCUGGCGCCAGCAUCUGCGUUCUCUCAAAGUCGAACUCAUGGCCUUCCUCCAGCGUGUGAAUAGCCACUCGAGUAUUCACGAGCCAAGACAUCGCACUGUCUGACCUGUCCUGACACGGAAUUUGGCAAACUACGUCUGAUCGCUUUUCUUACGACGAGCAGCUCCCUGAUCUCCAUGAGCCUGAUGCGCAUGGCAGCUGCCGAACGAUGGACGAUACCCAUGCCUAACUCUGCCACAAAUAGUUCUGUUGCCUCGGACACAGUCUGUAUACUGUAGUGGGUGUCAAAUUAGUGGUUUCCCUCUUCUGUUUGUUCGCCGUGGGCGCAUGCGCAUGCAGCGGCUUAUGAAGUUCAUUCAUUGCCAACUGGUUCUUUUCAUCUUCAAUGGAAGAAAAUACGAACAAAUCAAAGGAACACCGGGAAGUUCUCCAAUAUCCAGCCUAAUUGCGGAACUGAUCAUACAAGAUUUGGAAAAAGUGGCUAUCAACCACAAGACGGGGUGAGAACUGUUGGAGGAGAGGGUGUCAGACACCAACCCAAUCAACAGACACAUGGAACUACUCUUGUGUUAUCACGCCUACGCCCACCCAGCCAGGUAGCGCAGUCCACUUUCUCACCAAAUACGCACACCGUGAGGGUACUGUGAGUCGGGUGGAACAAACCCGACACGAUUACGGACAAUAAUCCUCCCCAAUAUCCUUGUCACCUCUUCGUGGUGUUCGACCACAAAAUGUUCACUCGUUGUUCUACUCACACGGUCUCUGAUGCUGGGCGCCUGUACGACUCCGGAAGUGCAGACUAAUAAACCUAUUGCUCCAGUGAUCUCGUCUUCGUCUUGCUUAAGACUUCGUUCUCUUCAAACAUAACUUUGUUUUAGCUGAAUUAGAACUAAAGAGUACAACCAUACUGCUAUUUAAUAAGCUUUAUGAGCUUGGAUUUUGGGGAAAGGGUUAUUGGUAUGUUUGGCUCUCAGUCAACAGAUUUGUUUACAGUGCAACCUAUUUUCCUACCGCAUUCACACCUUUAGUAAAUACUUGCAUGGCUAAAUGGUCUCACUGGUUUAAAUGAGUGAGGUGGGAUUUUCCCCACUGAUCUAUCAUCGUGAAAUGUGCUUUCACUUAUUCUCGUCGGUUGUGUACGCUCUUUUGCUAUUAUCUUGAAAAAUGUUAUUUUGGGAAGUGACAUAUAAGAGCACGAUUACGCAUUCGUGUCAGCGUUAACUGAGAAUUCCUGACCAGAAAAGUGGUCAAAUCAUUUUAACUGCUAUCUAAAUGUGUCCUACUCCAUUUUUGGUUCCCUGAAAAAACAUUUCGGCACUUUUAAAUAACUUUUAUAUCCAAAACAUGUGCCUAGUUUGUCUAUGUUAGUAAGAUGCGACUAGUUUAUGGUUUCAUUUAACAUCUUUAUUUCAAAGGUCACUGCUUUUUACACACGUUUGAGUUUUAGUUUAUCUAUAUGCUGGCGACCAUUUUAUCUAGUUUCUUACUAGAAAGAGGUAUAUUUUUAAUGAGAACAGUGUGCGUGCGACGACUUUUAAAAACAGUUUAUGCAUUAAUCACAUUUGAUCCGAUAUGACUUAUUCAAAAUUUGCACAACUAUAUGUGAAUUACAUGAGCUUGGUAGUCAUCUGGUGGAUUUCAGAUGAAUUACUUAGGAAAUCGUGCUUGGGCAGUCAACUUACUGUAUCAGAUUUGGUGGAUUCGAGACGUUGCAGUAAGUUGGGCGGGUAACUUGGCCCAAAUGUGAUUAAACUAGCGUCGUACGACGGGGCCUCGUAGCUCAAGUGGUUAGAGCGUUAGCUGUACUAAAGCCUUCCCCUUUCUGCGUGGGUUCGAAAUCCACCGAGGCGCCGAGCUUUUCACAGUUGGCUCAAAUAUAAAUUAUUCAAAAAGUGCUAAAACAUCUGUGAUGUUAGGCUGGGCGUGGAAGUUAAGAGAGGUAUUUUCAAGGCUAAGAAUAUGAGGCUAGGGUAAAAGUUGGAGUAAAACAAUAUGUACGUCCUCUGUGAUUUAGCGCGCGUCCUCCCUCUAUACUAGGGAUGAAAAUCUUCAUGUCAGCCAGAAAGAGUUCAGGCAAUUUCCCUUGUGAAAACGCACUGCACAACAUCGGAACGAUGCGGUAAGAGGUAUAAAAAGAAGAGCUCUCUCUGACACUCAGUAAGUGGAAGUUCAUUACUUAACUUUCAAGUACAAAUGCAGAUGAGUAGUCUCUUAUACCGCUUUUCGACUGUCGGACCUUGAUUGAUUGGUUUUCAUAAUCUAUCUGUCUCCUUCCUUUUGAUCAUUUGUCGUGUUCUUGACAAUUUUGAAUAUUUAAAUCUGCUGUCGAUGGAAGACGACUAAGGCUGCGGUUAAGGCAGUGAUCUGUCGGACUGAUGGCUUUGUUGACUACGCGUAGUUCCAGAUAGCUUUCAGGCUGACUCCCGUUACUUUGCCUAAGCCCAUCGCAGACGCCUUAUCUUUUUCUCGCAACAAAAGGUGUCAUAAGGCCUGGGAAGUCCAAACGUAACAACGUAACGGUUGAUUUCAUUGCCAUCGAAAAGCUAUGCACGCAUUGUCUGUCUUUAGAGCCCGUAGCCUAUAAUGGUCUGUCGCCGGUGUAUGGAUCCUCCAUCUUACGCUGUGAGUUUUGAAUCCGUCUUUGGUCUCUGUGUGGCCAAUAAACGCUUGUGAAGGCGCAUAUGUCGCUUUCGUCAGCUUCCGGCUCCGUCGUUGAAAUGAAGAGCAUUUCAGAAGAAUUUGCAGAAACUUGUUAAGCUUUUGGUAGUCAGUAGUAGCUUUUUAGUUGUAUUAAGUGGCAGCGAUGAGAAGCUUAGUGUUUACAUUUCGUGUCUGCCCAUCGGAACUGAAAAAGACCACUCGUGAGACGACUUAAAGUUUCGUCCUGAGCCUUGAGACUUCCGAUUGCUGAUCUUGUGCUCAUCGCCCAUUCUUAAAUGCAUAACAAUCAAAAAGGCACCGCGUUGUUGGUUUUCCAUAAUAAUAAAUGGUUUUACUGAUUAUUUCUAAAGCCAAAAAUAAGCGAGGCUGUUCCUUUUACAAUCCCUCAAAAUUUCCUAUAUUAUUUCUUAAAAGGUAUUUCAGAACAGCCUAGAGUAUUCGCCAGCGUAGACGUAACCUACAUUCUGGAAAAAGCAUCAUUUUCUAUCAAAAAUCCUCUACUGCAAAACUUAGAUUUGCUCCUUGCAUUCGAGUUAAUAUUUUUUGUCUUCGCAUUACUGUAGAGACGUCAGGGAGGUUCAGCAUGUGUUCUUUAUAUAAAGCGAUAAUUUGGCAUAUCAUAGUCAACUCUGCUUCGUAUUGUCGUACAUGCCGCAUCUGUAUACCAUGUCGUUUAAAAAUUAAUUUUUCAAAGAAUAGAAUUUGGCAUAUAUUAUAAAUUUGGAAAGACUUUUUCUUUCGUAUGUAAAAUAACUUAACUUACGUUUUUGGCGCAACAUUAUGACUUUAGCUGAACAAAAUAAGUAUAUGCUGUUUCUGAUUGGAAAUAAGGGAUAUAAUGUUUUAUGUUGUUGUGAGCUUCUAAAAUUGAAUAUUUAUGUGGUCAUCAGACAUUUAGUUCAUGAAACCUCUAGUACUGCUUAUAAUAGGUAGUGAAUAUAAUGUUGCUCAAAAAACCUCUAUUGGCGAUGUCGACUUUGGUAAAUCUGAGUUAGAUGGAGUUUAAGACACUUUCCAGCCUGCCAAAUAAUUUGUUUAGUUCAUGUGAUAGAAGACUGUUGGCAUAUCUUUAUUACUUUUUAAAUAAUUGCCGGAUAUUGAAGCAUGCUACCACGCGUGAGCUUUACUCUGGAAGCUAAACGUUCCCACUAGCGCUUGCGCUUUAAAAUGAGAUCCCAUAAAACCUAGGUUUCUUUUUUCCAGCGGUUUGCUGCGCAAAAGGCCGCGGACAGUUCUCGACAUGACGCUUAUAUCUGUAGCUGUUGAACGAACUUCAAGAUCAUUUUCACAAAGGGCGGCAGCGCCAGCCAAUCUUGUAGCACGGAAAACCUCUCCCUAUUGCCUUUCUGCCAUUGGUGAAAACGCCUUUGAUCACCACCUGAGCGGUAGUUAGUCGCCAAGUGCCAGUGUUGCCCACGGUGUGCGCUUAACUACAUGCACAUGCAACUCAAGUUUUUGAUCCUGAUCGCUGUCUCAGUUUCGAAAUGUGCGCCAGUUUGUUUAAUAUUCUCGAUUAUAUACCCUAGACUGUUCAUAAACCAGUCCGUAUUUUUUCUUCGCAGGCUCGGCCCUCGAGUGUUACAAAUGUACAAAUUGUCGAGACAACUUUAUGCAAAAGCCGCCCGAAACGGGAUGUCUAUUUUGUCAGGUAAUUACCUGAAACAUAUCAUUCGUCCAAAUAUAGUUAUUUAUAUAAAGCUGUCGUCUUAAUUGCACUCUUUAAUGCUAACCACUUACGAAAAUAUAAACAAAAGUGAUCAUCGCAACCGCCCUACCCUCUGUUGUGAACUUAAAAAAUAUUUCAUCUGCAGGACAUAUACCCAAAAUGUCAGCGAAUUCAUUUAAUUUUUGUUAAUGUCCCCUAGUACUGCAAUCACUGCUUUUUCUUUAAAUUCCUAAAUGCGUUUCAGCUGUUUUAUUUAAGUUGCAUUGAUGGAUUUUGUCCUGAUUUCCCCGUGCUCUUUGUCAUAUGCUUUCCUAUUCUUUAUGCUUGGGCCAAAGGAGACAUAUAUCCUUCAUAUGUUUUACUUUGACAGACGAAAAAAUCAUUCGAGGAUAAUGAGCUCAAGGCCGUUUCAAGGGACUGCGUACAGAAGUGCACUCCGUCAAAUACCAUAA